CGCGGCUCCGCCCGGCGCGCGGCCUUCUGGGAGUUGUAGUCGAGAUCCUAGGCUAACUGGGAUGUGUGUGUGUGUGUGUGUGUGUGUCCCCGCGCGCGCCUUGGGGGACCGUGUGACACACGCCUUCUUGGCUUCGUUUGACAGUUGCGUGGCCGGUCUCUCCAGCUCGGCUUCUUACCCCUCGCCUAGCGUGUUUGUGACGAAGCCUUCGGAACUUACGGGCUCCGGGACGAGAGAGAAUUCUCAGGAAGAAAUCACUUGAAGUUUAUGCCAUGGAGAGCACUAAGGAAAAUGACAAUUACAAAGACAAUUACAAAGAUGAUCUUCUACUGAGAAUGGGGCUGAAUGAUAAUAAAGCAGGAAUGGAAGGAUUGGAUAAAGAGAAAAUUAACAAAAUUAUAAUGGAAGCCACAAAGGGCUCCAGGUUUUAUGGAAAUGAGCUCAAGAAGGAAAAACAAGUCAACCAACGAAUUGAAAACAUGAUGCAACAGAAAGCUCAAAUCACCAGCCAGCAGCUAAGGAAAGCACAAUUACAGGUUGACAGAUUUGCAAUGAAGUUAGAACAGAGCCGGAAUUUGGAGAAUACCAUUGUGCAUGUCGACAUGGACGCUUUCUACGCAGCUGUAGAAAUGAGAGACAACCCGCAAUUAAAGGAUAAGCCCAUCGCCGUAGGAUCAGUGAGUAUGUUGUCUACUUCAAAUUACCACGCAAGGAGGUUUGGUGUUCGUGCAGCCAUGCCGGGAUUUAUUGCUAAGAAACUCUGCCCACAACUUAUUAUAGUCCCCCCAAACUUUGACAAAUACAGAGCUGUGAGUAAAGAGGUUAAGGAGAUACUUGCUGAAUAUGAUCCCAACUUUAUGGCCAUGAGUCUUGAUGAAGCCUACUUGAAUAUAACCCAGCACUUAGAGGAAAGACAAAAUUGGCCUGAGGACAAAAGAAGGUAUUUCAUCAAGACCAGAAACCCUGUAGAAAUUGACCUAGCAGAAGAGGAAAGGGACACCCUGAGGGAGCCUGAGCAGCCUCUCUCUCCGCUGCUUUUUGAGGACAGCCCUCCUGAUGUGCAGCCCUCGGGAAAUCCUGCCCAGCAGAAUUUUGAAGAGCAAAACCAUCCUCAGGCACUCCAAAAUUCAGUUGUUUUUGGAACAUCAGCUGAGGAAGUGGUAAAGGAAAUCCGCUUCAGAAUUGAACAGAAAACAACACUGACGGCCAGUGCAGGCAUUGCUCCCAAUACAAUGUUAGCAAAAGUAUGCAGUGAUAAGAAUAAACCGGAUGGACAAUACCAAAUUCUCCCAACCAGACAAGCCGUGAUGGACUUCAUCAAGGACUUACCUAUUAGAAAGGUUUCUGGAAUAGGAAAAGUUACAGAGAAAAUGUUAAAGGCUCUUGGAAUUGUUACCUGCACUGACCUCUACCAGCAGAGAGCAUUACUUUCUCUUCUUUUCUCUGAAACGUCAUGGCAGUACUUCCUUCAUAUUUCCCUGGGUCUGGGCUCAACAAACCUGGAAAGAGAUGGAGAGAGGAAAAGUAUGAGUGUGGAAAGGACGUUCAGUGAGAUAAGCAAAGCAGAAGAACAGUACAGCCUGUGCCAAGAGCUCUGUGGUGAACUGGCUCAGGAUCUCCAGAAAGAAGGACUGAAGGGUCGAACUGUUACCAUUAAACUGAAGAAUGUGAAUUUUGAAGUAAAAACUCGGGCCUCUACAGUUUCUUCUGUUGUUUCUACUAUGGAAGAGAUAUUUGCCAUUGCCAAGGAGUUGCUAAGGACAGAAAUUAAUGCUGAUUUUCCACAUCCCUUGAGAUUAAGGCUUAUGGGUGUUCGGGUAUCUGGUUUUGCCAACGAAGAAGACAAAAAGCACCAACAAAGGAGCAUCGUUGGCUUCUUACAGGCUGGAAGACCAGCCUGGUCAGCUGCUGGGUUUGGCCCUGACAAAACUGACAACGAUCACUUUGUAAAACCUCCGGAGAUGGCUGGCAGGGAGAGUUUCUUUGAUAAAAAAAGAUCAGAAAGGAUAUGGAGCCAUCAAUACGCAUCUAAAUGUGAAAAUGUGGAUAAACAAAGUUUACAGACCUCACAGCCUUUCCAAGUUCUGAAGAAGAUGAUGAGUGAAAAUCCACCUAGCUGUCAGUCUUGUCCAGUUUGCUGUAGGGAUCAAGGAGACCUCAGCCUGGAAGCUUUCCAUCGACAUGUGGAUGAGUGUCUUGAUGGGCCGUCAUCAACCAGUGAGGGCUCUAAAAUGCUCUCUUGUUCAGAAGGUAACCAGCAAGAAAAUGUCCAUCGUUCCUUGUCACUCGGCGAGAAGCAGGAUUAUGACGCCCAUCUGAAAGAUGUAGAAAUCACUUCAGUAGAUGGUGUCGAUUUGGUGGAGACUGAAGAUAGCUCAUUGAAACCCCCGGGUGUGGACACUUUAGGCAAGGAGGAACAUUCUAAUCUUCCAAACACAUCUUCUUGCCCUGUUCCAUUGGAAAAUGAAAGUGUUGGGUUAGUAAGUCAGCAAGAAUUCUUCCAGCCUGCUACAUUUGAAGUGACAACCGGCCAAGGUCUGGUGUGUCCUGUUUGUAACCUCGAACAAACAACAUCAGAUCUGACCUUGUUCAAUGUGCAUGUGGACAUGUGUUUAAAUAAAGGUAUUAUCCAGGAACUGAGAAAUGAUGAAGUCAGUCCAGCUAACCAACCCAAAGAAAGUUCCAGAAGUGCUGGCAACUCAGGCCCAGCACAGAAGGCAAAACCAAGAAUAAAAAGGCCAGGACUAAGGACAAAACACUCGACAUCAAAGAAAACAAAACAAAACAACCCCAGGCAUACCCUUGAUAGCUUUUUUAAAUGA